AUGGUAAUGAUGCGCUACGUGCUGUGUAUCCUCGCUCUCCUGCUCUCAUGUGCGUGUGUGCACGUCCUCGCUGAAGAAGUGCCUGCCGCCGAUCUUUCCGACCAAGUCCCUGAUACGGAGAGUGAGACAAAGAUUCUUCUUCAAGGUACUCCUGUUGCUCAAGUUACUGAUGGCAGUUGCCCUGAAGGUACUGAGGAAUGUCCGAAAGGUGAAACGAAUCCUCUGGAAACACCUGUAUGUGCACCUGUUCCUUGUACGAAUUGCACUAAUGGUACUUCUGAAGGUGCUGAACGUCCUGAAGGUGAGACAUGUCUGGAAAAGGCCGAGGCUCCUUCCCUUAAAGUACCUGAGGUACCAAAAGAAGUUGUUCCUGAGAAACAAGUACCUGUUCCU